GGACCGACUCGCUUUGAAAUUACUUUUUGACAAAAGCUUUCUCCUUCCCCGGCUGAAAUGUUUUUGCUGAAAGUUUGGGCGAGUAGGAAUACGCGUAGAAGGUUUCGGAAUGGUGACAAAACAUGUCGAUGAGCGUCGACCUUUUGGCUGUGCUGAGACGAUUUUUUUACGGGAGCCAGGCAGUUUUGCCGCUUGGAGCUCUCGGGCCUUUUUCAAACGUGGCCGUUUCCGCUGGCGGGGUUACCCUUUGGUAGAAUUCGCUCAUGUCAAUGGGGGCAAUUUUGCCUGCAAAAUGGAAGGAAUGCAAAAGUAGUCAAAAGGGCCGAACUGAAAGUGUGAUUGGUCUAAAGGACUUCUGUUCGAGAAUCGACAAACGACAAUUUAGAAACACCGCUCAACGUGCGCAAAAAUCGCUAGUCACAACUAGAGUCCCCAGGUCUAAAUUUGAAAAAAGUACACUGUCCUACGACUACUACGUCUAUCCUUUCCUCAGUCACCCAGAUCUCGUUACAAUGCGUAGGGUAUAUAAAGCUGUAAUUUCGAAUACAAUUCCGGUUCUCGCCCGCGAGAUAGCGUAAACUACAUAUCUAUGGAGAAUGAAACAUUUACCCUUUGACGGGAGUGCUGGCUGCCCCAGCG